AUCAAAUUCACUUCGCGGUUUGUUUUAGGUGUAAAACCUAAAAAGUGUUUCUUUUCCAAGUUCUAAAAUCUGUACAUAACGUCUUCCUCAACUAUGCCUCCGAAAUUAAAAUUCUCCGAGGGAGAAAAAGUAUUAUGUUUUCACGGCCCAUUAAUUUAUGAAGCGAAAUGUUUAAAAUCAACCAUUACCAAAGAAAAACAAGUCAAAUAUUUCAUACAUUACGCCGGCUGGAACAAAAAUUGGGAUGAAUGGGUUCCUGAAAGCAGAGUAUUAAAAUAUAACGAAGCCAAUGUAGCUAGGCAGAAAGAAGUUCAGAAAGCACACUCGGCACAACAAGGCAAGAAAAAGGUUACUAAGAAGAAUGCCGUUGCCAAAAGUGAAGCAUCAAAAGAUAGUGAUUCUAGAGCAAGUACUCCGGUAGCUGAAGUUGGUAAAGGUACAAAGAAAAAGGAAGUUACAACACCAUCCAGUGGUCAAGAUUCCAGUUCGGACGUUCCUAAAAAGAAACGAGGACGUCUGGAUCCAUCAGUUGAAGCUGAAGAACAAUAUCAAAGCAAAGUCGAAGUGAAAGUAAAGAUUCCGGAUGAAUUAAAGCCGUGGUUAGUUGACGACUGGGACGUCAUUACGAGGCAAAGGAAAUUAUUCAAUUUACCAGCUAAGAAUAGUGUCGAUCAAAUUUUGGAAAAUUAUUUAACUUAUAAGAAAUCGACGAAAUCGAAUAAUUCGAGUAAGGAGUCUGCUACAAUUGAAAUUAUCAAAGGUAUAAAAGAAUACUUCAACGUCAUGUUAGGCACUCAACUCCUUUACAAAUUCGAAAGACCACAAUACGCCGAAAUCCUCCAGAAUUACCCCGAUAAGCCGAUGUCAGACAUUUACGGAGCAAUCCAUCUUCUGCGUCUAUUCGUCAAACUAGGUGCCAUGCUAGCGUACACGCCAUUAGAUGAACGAAGCAUACAAUUACUGCUACAAAACGUACAAGACUUCUUGAAAUAUUUAGUAAAGAACAGUGCACAGUUGUUUAGCCUUCAAGAUUACGGGAAUGCUUCUCCUGAAUACCAUAGGAAGGCUCUGUGAUAUCAGGAAGAACUCGACUGGGAUAGUUGCGAUUAAUGUAGCUCCGUAUCCAAAGAAUUUACAUGUUGUUUUCGGGAUGUAGUUUUAAGACAGAGUUAUAGAGUUUUAACGCUAAGAAUGAAAUUACUUUAGGACGAUGAUGCGGAGCAUCAUUGUCAAUUUUGAAUAUCAUACUGCCAAUCAAAAAGUCUUUAUUUAUUAAGUCGUAAUUUAUUUGUAAGAAUAAGUAUGCGGACGCAAUGGCUUAAUUUAAUACAACAUUUAAUGAAAUGGGAAUUCAUUUGAAAGUUUUUUUUUUUAAUUUGAAAACCAGGGCUUUUUAAAAAGGAAGCAUUGUAUCAAUUUAUUCAUACUCAUUGUAAUAAUUUAUGUUGGCUAAAAAAAGUAACAGUGGUGGUUGUUCUUUACUACAUGAUCAGCUAAGGUAAACCGCUCCGGUUAUAGCACAUAGUCACUCCUAUGUGAAGCAAUUUGAUCUUUUAUUCUACAGAAAGUUUGUCCAAUAUAUAUCCCAUUGCAAUCUACACAAGGGAUGAUGUACACAACACUGAAGGCACUGGAGUAGAGGUAGAUCUAUUAGCAAUUUUUACAUUAAUAACAGGUUUAAAAAAUCUAGAAAGUCUUGGUAUAAUGUCUUUAAUAUAUGGAAAAUAAGUUAUAUGUUCAAUGCUCUGAUCAUCAGUUGACUCUGUAGAACUCAUGUUUUCUAUGGUACAUUAAAUUGCUUUCAAUAUUGGAGCUGAUAUAUAAUAUUUUUUUCAGUAAAGUUGGUAGG